GACUCCGCAAGGCCUUCGACGCCUUCGACACGGACAAGAAGGGCGCCAUCAACGUGGAGACGAUCAGCACCAUCUUGAGGAUGAUGGGCGUGAAGGUCUCGGAGAAGAACCUGCAGGAGAUCAUCGCCGAGGUGGACGAGGACGGAUCCGGUGAGCUUGAGUUCGAGGAGUUCUGCGCCCUCGCUGCCAAGUUCCUGAUCGAGGAGGAUGAGGAAUCCUUAAAAGCAGAACUGAAGGAGGCGUUUCGUAUAUAUGAUAAACAGGGCGACGGCUACAUCACGACGAAGGUCCUAAAGGAGAUCCUGAGGGAACUGGACAACAAGCUGACGGAGGAGGAUCUUGACGGGAUCAUCGACGAAGUGGACGAGGACGGCUCAGGAACCCUGGAUUUCGAUGAAUUCAUGGCGAUGAUGGCCGGUUAACCUCCUCCCCCCCCCCUUUCCUUUCCUUUUUCACAUUCUCCUUUUUCGUCUUAUUUCACGGCCCUCUUAACCAGCUCCUGUUCACAUCCACAAACCUGUUCUCAAUUUCAGAGUUCAUGGAUAUGAUGACUGGUUAAUCUAUGCCACAAAAUGUCCAGCGUCUACUCCUUUUUUAAAUAAAUAUAAACAUCAACAGCAACAACAUCAUCCUACAUCCAAUUAUCCACUGUUCCCAUACCAAAAAGCAACGAUUAUGUAUCCAGGCGUGUACGCGAGUCAACUGCGUGCAAAUUGGUUUAGUCUCCCCCCCUCGCAUUCCUCAUCCUGACAUCUCGACGAAAAACAACAACAGAAAACGGAAGCUCAUUGGAACCUAAAUAUUUUAGGCUCGAACUCCAUUGUUAAAAAUAAGAAUGAAAAUGAAAGAGAAAAUUUUGAUAUAUCAUUGUAGAAAAGAUAGAACUUUUUAAGGAAAAUAAGUUAUAUAGAAAAAAUGAUACCAUGGAUAAUAAAAAAUGUAGACCAGUUUAAAAAAUCCUAUAGAGUUUAACGGAUUUUUUCUAGAAUGUUUCCAACCGAAGAUCAUUUCUUUUCAAUGUUUCUUUUUAUCUUGUAUAUCACUGGAAAAUAAUUUAUUAUCCAAUAGACGAGAGAACACUGUGGAUCAUUUUAUUUCGUCCAUUGUUUUAUUACUUAAAAAAAAACUGACUUUUUGAAUUAUUUUUCUUUUUCUUUUAUUUAUCUUCUUAUUUUUGAAUCUUAUUUACUUAUUUUUUUUCUUUUUCUUUAUUUUUUUUGCCAGGAACAUCUGCAUUUUAUCAUUUUUUUCAUGAGAAAUAUAACAUCAUUAACCUAAGUGGAGUGAGGUUUUCAUCUAACUCCCUGGUUUAGGAAUAUAUUUAUGUUGUCAUUAAAACAAGUGUUAUGUACUAUGUUUUUUUUUUCUUGACUUUGUGUUAACUAAAUGCUUAUAAGUGAUCUUGCUUUAUUGUUUAAGAUUUUAAAUUAAAACUGAACCAUUG